CAACGAAUAGACCAUACACCUACAUUAUUAGAAUAUGACAUCACACCCUCCACUCCUCUUCACUUCCUGCGACAAUGCCUAUGCCUUGAUCAGAGCGAAUAUGUCUAAUGAUGAGGGCUUUGCUGGAAAUAGUGCAGAAAAAUUACUGCCAAGCAAUGCUUCCUCCAGUGAGAAUACAAGGAGGAGAGUCCCGAUCAAUCUCGGAGGACAUCGGCUUCAUAGGUCCUCUGUACGGCCUUUCUUCUGUUGUGGAAGUCAGCUCUCCUUAAACAGCAUUAGCGAUUUCAUUCAGACAUCAGAUCAGUCAGACUGUGACGAUGGGUCAGAUCUUAUGGCAAAUUUAUCUUUAUCCAAAAAAACACAAAACAGACGCAAAAAACCCAAUGAAGGACGCAAGAAAUUUUGGACUUUGAAGCUCAGAGGAAAGUUGCAUGUACCAAAAAGGUCAAAUUACAAUACAAAUGAGAAUGAUUCUACGGGGAGCAUUGUGUGCACAUCAUUCAGAAAGUCAUCAGAUGAAAGUGAAAGUGGCAUUGAACAGACUAGUGCAGGUGCUUCUGCACAACCACAGGAAGUGUUUGUAACUCUACGCCCCAUUAAUUUUGAUGAACUUUACCCAACAGAAGACAUUGAUCAGAGAAGAAUUCAACAGCGAGCUCGAGAAAUGGAGGAGGGCAUUGAUGUACAAAAUGCUUGUAUUCUGAUACCUCAAUCAGCCGAUUCAUCCUCAGAUGAGGAAUAUGACUGCCCCCAGCCUUUAACCCAGAGAAAUAGUUUCUCUUCCUUUGCGGAAACCUGGCAAUAUGGUUCCUUCUCAAUGUUGCCUACACAUUCCAGCAUUCUCUCCCCCUCAGUCCGCCCACAUUCCCAAGUCGACUACAUCCAUUGUCUAGUGCCAGACAUUGUAAGCAUAACCAACUGUAGCUAUUACUGGGGAGUCAUGGAUCGCUACCAGGCCGAGAAGCUCCUAGAUAAAAAGCCAGAGGGAACCUUUUUGUUGAGAGACAGUGCACAAGAGGAGUACCUGUUUUCAGUCAGCUUCCGGCGAUAUGGGCGAUCUUUGCACGCAAGAAUUGAGCAGUGGAACCACAAAUUCAGCUUUGAUUCCCAUGACCCAGGUGUUUUUGCAUCAGAAACAGUUUGUGGUCUAAUAGAACAUUAUAAAGAUGCCAGCGUUUGCAUGUUUUUUGAGCCAUUGCUUACCACUCCCUUGCAUCGUACAGAUCCCUUUAGUCUUCAGCACAUGUGCAGAUCAAUUAUUUGUGAUCGUAUAACAUACGACGACAUUAACGUGCUGCCCCUUCCACGGCAGUUGAGAGAUUACAUGAGAUAUUAUCAUUACAGGCAAAAGAUACGCACACGCAGAUAUGACAUGGCUUAAAGCGUUAAACUGUGUGAAUGAUUCUAGAGGCAUUAGACUUUGACUCAAAGUGGACUUGGAUCAUAAUAUUCAGACUGGUGCAUUAUUUGUUGGAUCAUGUUCAUAUUUGAAAAAUGGACACCAACAGUAAAAGUAGAAUAUAUUUUGUCUAAUGACAUAUUUAUUACUAUCUCCCUUGUUUUUAAGGGCUUUAUAUAGUGUAUACUGGUAUUGUACUUGUUGGUACUGUUGCUGUUUCACAGCAAAUUUUUCAAAAAAUUUUAUAAGGAUUUUUUACCUUAUGGAUGAAGGGUAAUACUGUACUUUCUGUUUUAAAUUUCCUCAAAUCAUGACAUAUUUACAUGGAAAUCAGGAAUUUACUCUGUGUAUUGUAAUUGGUUCCUGUUACCCCAUGUGAACUAAUGUUAUAUAUAUAUUUAUUUUUAAAACCAUACCGUUUUGGGAUUUUAAAGCGAACUUUUUCUAAAAGUGAAAAAUCUGGCUCUUAAUGGCCCAAAAAACUUAAAUUUACUCACUUUUCAUCACGUUCUCAUAUUUACCAAUGCCACAAACCACAGACAAAUUUGCAAUCUUUCCCUAUUGGGGUAUGGAUGCACCAGAAGAAAAUAUCUUAUAGUUUAAUCAAAGCAUGUCCAUUGUGAGUAAAGCAUAGUUGGAGAUUGAUGUUAUAAUUAAAUUUUAGUUUAAUGUCAAUAACCAUUCUGCGGUCUAAGCAUACUGCAUGUAGAAUUCAAAGAAUGUUUCAACAACCCCAACAAUAUCCAGCUCUCACCAACAUUUGGAGUUUACAAGGUUACAGAUAGAGGAGAGCAAUGUGGUCUCUGGGUCAUGCAUUGAGACAAUGUUCUUAUACAUGAGGAAUGUGUAAAAGUAAGAAUGUGAUAAAAAGUGAGCUGAUUUUGGUUUUUUGUCCCCAGGGCACAGUUGUAACUUGUAUUUUUUGACCUGUUGCAUUUUUGUUAACAUUUUAAGACUGAAAUCAUAAUCGACAUUGAUGUACAACCAAAAAGGGUCUGUUUAAUAUUGCAAACUUUGUUGUCUAUUGAUAUUUUGCGUGGGAAUAAGUCAAUUAUAUGGCCAAGUACCUGUACUACCAAGUGCUGUAACAUAUAACAAUUCAAUAGUUUGUGUAAAUAUUAACUAUUGUAGCCAUGUAACUGUUUUAAGGAAGUACUUGUACAUAUAAUCUUUUGCACAUUUCCUUGUUCUUAAAAACGUAUUUGCUGAGGUAUUGAAAAUAGACUUUACCCACAGCAAAGAAAUUCUCAAGAUGUACUGAAUAUAUUGUAGUAAUUUCACAAUUUAGUCUUUUAAUUCUGACCAAAAUUUUAAAGAAAGUCAUGACAAGUAUCAAAUUUAAAUUCAGAACAACAUUGUGCACAAGCUCCAGUGGAUUCUUCUCAGAAAUAUAAGAAAUCACUGCAUGUACUGAAUUGGACGUUCUAAAUACCACUACAGCAAAUCACCCAGUGUAAAAAAACAUUCAUGAAAUAUGAUUUUGACACACUACCUGUCCAUUAUUUUUUCUCCAAUUACUGAGGUCCAGCUCUUGAUAUAGUUUGAUGAAGUUUAAGUCGAUAGAUAAUUACAUAUGUAACAUAUAAAUGACUUAAAUCAAACAAAUGUUGUUACAUCAUGUUUCACCUAACUUUGUCAAUUUGCCCUGCAAUCACGCAACACAUUUGUCCCAAUUGUUGGAUGUUUCAUUUACAUUUGGUCUUUGGACAUUUGAACAAAACAUUCCUCCUCCUCCUCCAGCAAUUAAAUGUAUUUUGAUUUUGUGUAAAUAAGAAAACAGUAUGUUAGCAACAGCUUAGAAUGAGCAAGGAUUGUGUUGAAAAGUUAGUAGUGAUUUGAUUUGACUCAUUGUGUAACAUUCAAGUAAAUGCUAGCCGAGUCCUCCCCUAGUAAAACCUGCAUUGAUAGUGCAAUAACACACCGUUUACCGAGCUGUUUGAUGCUUUAUUGGUUGUAUUUGUGCCAUUAUGAAUAAACUAGCUUCAGUCAUUUA